AUGCGACACUUGAUCGCUAUUACCACUGUCCUUUCUGGCUUCUUACUUUCCUCUACACUCGCUCAAAACGAUGGAGGCGCCGUAACGCUAUUCUGGCCUAAACUCCCGACCACCACUCUCGAGGGGGAACCUGAAUGGAACGAGGGUAUCACCACGCUUGGCGGCAAAGUUCUCUCCACCGACGCAGAAGGGUACACGCACUACGCAGUGUCGCACGUUCAGACGCUCGGUGUGGUGGAUGGAGAGACAUACAUCUCCACGCCUACGUCUGUUACCUAUACAUUCAGGGCAGACGCGUCGCGCUACCGUGGCGUUGGCCCCUUCGCCGUAAUUGAGCCCACCGGCACUGUAGGCGGCGGACUCGGGCUCACCUAUCGAGAAGGCGCACAAGCCAUAACCGAGUGCGAGGGUGACAUCGACGGGAGCUCUGAAGACACCGACGAGAUUGCUUGCUCGAUGAGAGUGGAGUUUGCUGUCGCAAGCACCGACUCGGACAGUGGAUCUGCAGAAACAGUCACCUCCGUUCGUACGAGAGAGAUGUGGACGGUAACUGGGGAGAAGGAACCAAUGAUUACUAUCGCAGCUUCGGAAUCUGGAGCGGUGUCGGCACUGAGGAUGAGUGGGGCGCUUGUUUGGUCGGGGAUCGCUGCUGGAGGGAUGGUGGUGUGGCUUUAUUAG